ACCCCGCACAUCAAGCUACCCCGCAGAACACCCAGCUUCAUCCAGCCGCACUCCCUUCUCGGGAUAUUGAAACCGACCACGAAACUACCAUUCUAAAGGAAAAGCAAUGCACAAAAUACCCGGUCGGCAAGCUCAUCUGAAACAUAGGAAUUUGGGCUCGGAAGAAUACAUGCGAAUGUUGUAUAACACUUCGGGCAAACAAUGAAGUUCUUCGUACCUUAUUUCCUGGAGGUGUGUGGAUUUGUUUGUUGAUUUUAUAUCUUUAGGACCAAUUAGAGAUUUUUGAGGAAUUUGAAGAUAGAAAAGAGAAAUAGUCAAGAUGGGCAGUGCAGGUAACGAGGUAGCAGAGCUCAAAGAGCUUGUUGAGAGCUUGAGAAAGGAAGUCACUCGACUAAGUGACGAAGGAGAGAUCAAAAAGCUGCACUUCAAAUAUGGCUACUACCUCGACAAGUGCCUAUACCAAGAAGUCGUAGACCUCUACGCCGACGACCCAGGAACCUUCGUCGAAUUCAUCGGAGGCCGCUACCGCAAGAAAGCAGGCGUCGCCCGCCUCUACCUCGAACGCUUCGCGCCCCGCUUCGUCAACGGCCGCAACGGACCCGUCCACGGCUUCCUGCUCGACCACGCGCAGAUGCAAGACAUCAUCGACAUCCGCCCGGACGGCAAGACGGCCUGUGGGCGCUUCCGGACCCUGAUGUCGGCCGGUACGCACAAGUCGGUGCAGGAGACGCACCCGCGCGGCUUCGUGCAGUGGUGGGAGGGCGGCGUGUACGAGAACGAGUAUAUCAAGGAGAACGGGAUCUGGAAGAUCUGGAAGCUAAAGUACUUCCCGUUCUGGCAUGCGAGUUUCGAGAAGGGGUGGAGUAAUAAGGAGAUUGGGGAGUUUGUGCCGUUUGAGACGAAGACGUAUCCGGAGAAUGAGACGGGGCCGGAUGAGGUGGUGGAGCAGUUGAUGUUGUGGCCGGAUACGAGGGUUGUGCCGUUCCAUUAUACGCAUCCGGUGACGGGGGAGCAGGUUAAGGAUGAUGAUUUGAGGGCGCCGGAGUGGGGACAGGAUGUGAAGGAUAGCUUACCUCCGUUGACGUUGGCGGAGACAAAGAGGCCAUGAUGAAGCUUUGGUUGCAAUUUGGGAAGUAUGGAUACCAUAUUCUACAUCGAGAAAUUAGCUUCGAAUGAAGUAAUGUUUAUCAUUCAACAUAUCAAGGAAGUGAAGCCUCACUAGAGUAUAGUGAACUCGUGGC